AAGGGACUUCAUUCACUAGCCCUUCAAAUUACAGUCACUGCUAAAACCCAAAACAUAAAAAGAAAAAUUCCCAGAAAAAAACUGCAGGAAAGAUGGCCUGCAGAUUGAUGGCUGUUCAACAGAACCAACCAGCUUCUUCUUUGGCACUCUUUCAUUCUUCUCUCUCCUCUGACUUCAAUGGCUGCAGACUCACUCACUCUGUUCAGUUCAAGAGGAAUGUAGUGCAACCAAAAGGAGCUUUGCAUGUUACAGCAUCAAGUGGCAAGAAAAUUCUUAUAAUGGGAGGCACCCGAUUCAUUGGUAUAUUUUUGUCAAGACUCCUUGUCAAGGAGGGGCAUCAGGUGACUCUUUUUACAAGAGGAAAAGCACCUAUUGCUCAGCAAUUGCCUGGUGAAGCAGAUGCUGAUUUUGCUGAUUUUUCAUCUAAGAUCUUGCACUUGAAAGGUGAUAGGCAAGAUUUUGACUUCGUGAAAAGCAGUUUGUCUGCUGAAGGCUACGAUGUUGUUUACGACAUCAAUGGGAGAGAAGCAGUUGAAGUAGAGCCAAUAUUGGACGCACUUCCGAAGCUAGAACAAUAUAUUUACUGCUCAUCAGCUGGUGUCUAUCUCAAAUCAGAUCUCUUGCCACACUGUGAGGCCGAUGCAGUUGAUCCAAAGAGUAGGCACAAGGGAAAGCUUGACACAGAGAGCUUGCUUGCGUCAAGGGGUGUCAACUGGACUGCUUUGCGGCCUGUGUACAUAUAUGGUCCAUUAAACUACAACCCUGUCGAAGAAUGGUUCUUCCAUCGACUUAAAGCUGGCCGCCCUAUUCCUAUCCCUGGUUCAGGAAUCCAAAUUACUAGUCUUGGUCAUGUUAAGGAUUUGGCAAAGGCUUUCUUGCUUGUACUUGGAAAUGAUAAAGCAAGCGGAGAAGUAUUCAAUAUUUCCGGAGAUAAGUAUGUAACAUUUGAUGGACUAGCAAGAGCAUGUGCAAAGGCUGGUGGAUUCCCAGAACCUGAGAUAAUCCACUACAACCCCAAGGAGUACGAUUUUGGUAAAAAGAAGCCUUUCCCAUUCCGUGACCAGCAUUUCUUUGCAUCGAUCGAAAAGCCAAAGAACUUGCUCGGAUGGAAACCAGAGUUCGACUUGGUCGAAGGUCUUACAGACUCAUACAACCUAGACUUUGGAAGAGGAACUUUCAGGAAAGCGGCUGAUUUCUCCACAGAUGACAUUAUUUUGGGCAAGACCCUUGCUGCUGUCUAAAACUGUAUGCUGCUUUGAUCAGUUGAAGUGUAUCCAUGUUGUAACCUACAUUUUUCGAGAUCUUGAAACAUUGAUUACAAUCUGAGAUUAGUGGCUGAAUAUGAAUGAUCAAUGAUGCGUAUAUCAUAAUAUGACUUCAAAGUUAGAUUGUCA